AUGACAAACGGCAACACUAGCGCCCAUGGCUCUGCCACACCGGCAGAUGCUACCACUCCAACAGCCUCUACUCCCGCAUCUGUCGCUGCACCGGUCCGCGCACCCGCACCUCAGCGGCGUCGGCGUGCUGGCGUUGAUCCGGCCGCUUCGUGGCGCCUUGGAGUUAUCGACCUGGACGAUAUCGUGGCGCGUGUGCCAAACGGGAACACUCCUCUAGGUGCUGACGACGACACCCUCGCGUACUUCGACGCAGGCGAAAUCGACUGCCAUGGCGAAGACGGCGCCGACGACGACGCCGAUGCAGCGACGCCCAUCGACAAAAAAGGGUGGGAGCCGGCGGAAGUCAUGCAGCUGGCGUGGAUCCGCCACGACUUCGACGAGCAAUAUCGGAAUCUGUGCCGCCUGCAAGGCCAGAACCGGGACGUCAUGCUCUACGAGCAAGUCCGUCUUCGUCACCCCGGAUGGCGCCAUGGUCUCGCAGCCACGAAAGCCAAGGUUCCUAGGGGAUCGGGCGAAUGCGCGUCCCCCGGCGCUCGCGGGCCCCUUGAUUCCCGCAACUACUACCGCGCCUCCUCCUCCGGCUCGUACCAUUCCUAG